CAAUUCAGCCUCCGGAGAAUCCAACCGCUCUGCGUCCGAGUCGGGGAGUCGGUCAGAGAGCGAGCAUGGAAGUGAGCGGAGGAAAUCCCACAACUCCGAGUCAAACAGCUCCUCAGAGUCUGAGAGUCACUCAGAGUCAGGGAGCGAGUCUGCAGGGUCCAAAUCACAGCGAACCACAGAAGGAGCAAAAGAUAAGCCAGUUAAAAAGAAGGAGCGCCUGGCUGACGUAAAGAAGAUGUGGGAAGAACAUCCAGAUGUCUACGGGGUCAGGAGGUCAAACCGCAGUAGACAGGAGCCGGCUCGUUUAAACAUUGGAGCUGGGGGUAGCAGCGGCUCAGAGAGUGAGAGUCCCAAGAGGAAAACACCCCGAAAGAAAAAAGAAAAUAUCUGGAAAGAUGAUGACUCUAAUGAUGAAGACGAGGAGGAGGAAGCUACGGAGAGUUCAGACAGUGAGCAGGAAGAGAAAAAAGUUAGAUCCAGACGACUUCCUGCAAGAAGACCUCAGACCAAAUCAUCAACAGCCAAAAAGCAGCUGUCUCAAAAAGGCAAGAAGUCCAGGAAACAGGAGUCGUCUGCUGAAGAUGACGACGACGACGACGAUGAAGACGAUGACGAGGACGAUGAUGAAGACGAUGAGGACGGCACUCCAAAGAGACAAACUCGAGGAAGGACUGCAACCAAAGUGAAGAGUUAUAAAGAGGACCAACAUGACUUUGAAACAGACUCGGAUGACCUGAUCGAGAUGACAGGGGACGCUUGUGAGGAGCAGCUGGAUGAUGACAGUGAGACCAUUGAGAAAGUGAUGGACACCAGGACAGGCAAAAAAGCAGCCACUGGUGCCCCCACUACAAUGUAUUCUGUGGAGGAGAACGGGGACCCAAAUGGAGGCUUUGACCCCGAGAAGGAUGAGGGGGAGACUCACUAUCUGAUCAAGUGGAAGGGCUGGUCCUACAUCCACAACACAUGGGAGAGCAUGGACACUAUGACACAGCAAAAGGUCAAGGGACUUAAGAAACUGGACAACUUCAAGAGGAAACAUGACGAGCUCUCUUCAUGGAUGAGGAGGGCGUCCCCUGAGGAUAUAGAGUUUCAUAACUGCCAACAGGAGCUCAUAUCCGACCUGAACAAGCAGUUUCAGUUUGUGGAGCGUAUUAUUGCAACAAAAACAGCAAAGACACCAGGAUCUGUUGACUUCCCCUCUCAUAGUCACAAGAAUCCGUCCUCCGAUGAGCCAGAGUACCUCUGUAAGUGGAUGGGUUUGCCCUAUUCAGAGUGCAGCUGGGAAGAUGGAGCUUUGGUUGGUAAGAAGUUCCAGCACUGCAUCGACAGCUUCCUGAGCCGAAACUCCAGUAAAACCGUCCCAUCGAAAGACUGCAAGGUGUUAAAGCAAAGACCGAGGUUUUCUGCUCUGAAGAAACAACCAUCGUACAUUGGAGAUGAAAACCUUCAGCUGAGAGAUUAUCAGCUGGAUGGGUUGAACUGGUUAGCUCAUUCCUGGUGCAGGUGCAACAGCGUUAUCCUGGCAGAUGAGAUGGGGCUCGGAAAGACCAUCCAGACCAUCUCCUUCCUGUCGUACCUGUUCCAUCAGCACCAGCUGUACGGACCCUUCAUCGUGGUGGUGCCUCUGUCCACGCUCUCCUCCUGGCAGAGAGAGUUUGAAACCUGGGCCCCGGACAUGAACGUGGUGGUCUACCUCGGGGACGUCAUGAGCAGGAAAUCGAUUCGUGACUACGAGUGGGUGAACCACCAAACGAAGAGAAUCCGCUUCAAUGCACUAUUAACCACUUAUGAGAUUGUACUUAAAGACAAGGGGGUCCUGGGGAACAUCAACUGGGCGUUCAUGGGUGUGGAUGAAGCACACAGGCUGAAGAAUGACGACUCCCUGCUGUACAAAACAUUAAUGGAGUUCAGGUCCAACCACAGGCUCCUCAUCACCGGCACUCCGCUGCAGAACUCCCUCAAAGAGCUCUGGUCCCUGUUGCACUUUCUCAUGCCUGACAAGUUUGCUUCCUGGGAGGAUUUUGACGAUGCGCACGGGAAAGGAACUGAUAACGGUUAUCAGAGUCUUCACAAAGUCCUCGAGCCCUUCCUUCUGCGACGUGUUAAGAAAGACGUGGAAAAAUCUCUCCCCGCCAAGGUGGAACAGAUCCUCCGUGUGGACAUGACUGCACAGCAGAAACAAUACUACAAGUGGAUUUUAACGAGGAAUUACAGAGCCCUUUACAAAGGCCCCCGAGGCAGCUCCUCCGGCUUCCUGAACAUAGUUAUGGAGCUUAAAAAGUGCUGCAACCAUAGUUUUCUCAUAAAACAGCCGGAGGAAGUAGAAAAUGAAACCCAAAAGGAACACAUGCUGAGUGUAGUGAGGGGCAGUGGGAAGCUGGUGCUGCUGGACAAGCUGCUGACCCGACUCAGAGAAAGAGGAAACAGAGUCCUGAUCUUCUCUCAGAUGGUCAGGAUGUUGGACAUUCUGGCUGAAUACCUCGCCAAGAAUCGCUACCCCUUCCAGCGGCUGGAUGGUUCUAUAAAGGGGGAAAUCCGAAAGCAAGCACUUGAUCACUUUAAUGCAGAAGGCUCAGAGGACUUCUGCUUCCUGCUGUCCACCAGAGCUGGAGGUUUGGGGAUAAACUUGGCCUCGGCAGACACCGUAGUGAUCUUUGACUCUGACUGGAACCCUCAGAACGACCUGCAGGCUCAAGCUAGGGCUCACAGGAUCGGACAAAAGAAACAGGUCAAUAUUUAUCGACUGGUCACCAAAGGCACAGUGGAGGAGGACAUCAUCGAGAGGGCAAAGAAAAAGAUGGUUUUGGACCAUCUCGUCAUUCAGAGGAUGGACACUACUGGUCGAACUGUUCUGGACAGCAACUCUGGGUCCACAAAUUCAAAUCCAUUCAACAAAGAAGAACUGACUGCCAUCCUCAAGUUUGGUGCAGGGGAGCUUUUCAAAGAGGCCGAAGGAGAGGAGUCUGAACCACAGGAAAUGGAUAUUGAUGAGAUCCUGAGAUUGGCAGAAACGAGAGAAAGUGACCAAGGCUCCAGUGCUACGGACGAACUUCUCUCUCAGUUUAAGGUUGCCAAUUUCUCCAGCAUGGAAGAGGCCGCUCCAGAGCCGCUGGAGAAGCCGGGGCGGGAAUGGGACGAUAUCAUCCCAGAAGAGCAGCGACGCAAAAUUGAGGAAGAGGAGAAGCAGCGAGAGAUGGAUGACAUCUUCAUGCUGCCCAGGAGCAGGAGCUCUAACAAGAGGGCUCAGGCCAAUGACAGUGACAGUGACGUCGGCUCCAAGCUGAAGAACCGCUCCUCAGGCUCCGAGAGCGAGACUGACGAUAGCGAUGACGACAAGAAGCCGAAGAGGAGAGGCCGACCCCGAGCCCGCAAAAACAACGUGGAGGGUUUCACUGAUGCAGAGAUCCGCAGGUUCAUUAAGGCUUACAAGAAAUUUGGAUCACCGCUUGAAAGAUUGGAGGCCAUCGCAAGGGACUCUGAGCUGGUCGACAAAUCCAUAGCAGACCUGAAGAGGCUCGGUGAACUCAUCCAUACUAGUUGUGUGACUGCAGUGCAGGAGCACGAGGAACACCUUAAAGAAAACCCAGUGGAAGCCAAAGGUCCUGGGAAACGGCGAGGAAUCAACAUCAAGAUCUCGGGAGUGCAGGUCAACGCCAAGACCAUCAUCCAGCACGAGGAAGAGUUUGAGCCCCUGCACAAAGUGGUGCCCUCAAACCCUGCCGAGAGAAACCAGUUCAAUCUGACAUGCAGGGUCAAGGUGGCCCACUUUGAUGUAGACUGGGAUCUGCCAGACGACGUGCAGCUCCUGCUCGGCAUCUAUGAGCACGGCUUUGGAAACUGGGAUCUGAUCAAGACGGACCCUGACCUCAAACUCGCUGAUAAGAUUCUCCCAGUCGACCCAGGCAAGAAGCCUCAGGCCAAGCAGCUGCAGGCGAGAGCCGAGCAUCUUCUGAAGCUGCUGAAAAAAGAACAAGACAAUUCAGAGUCUAAAACAGGGGAGGAGGUCAAAGUGAAGAAGAGGAAGCCUCGGGUGAAAAAGGAGAACAAGACUCUGAAGGACGAGCAGGGCAACGACAUCUCCUCCCCCCGCCUGUCCGACAUCCCGUCAGAGGAGGGCGAGGUCAAGGUCAGUGUCACCUUCACGUCUGUAGAGUCCAGGCUGAGAAAUGCUUUUCUACUCCCUGCCGUUCAUGUGUUUGUAGCUCUGCUCCUCCUUAAACGAUGUUACUUGAAUACGUGGCUAUGCUUUGUAUUUCUACCUUUUUUUAGUGCUGGUACUUUUUGUUGCGAACGAGGAAACCAUUUUUUGCUUUUACUAAGGAUAAACGCAUUUAAUGUAGUGACCCAGCAAAGCCAUUACAACUGCAAACCUUCUGAUAAUAAAGCUAAAUACAGCUUUUUGUAGGAGAGGUUGCUAAACACUUUAUAAUAUUCACAUAUGUAUACAUAUUGUAAUGCAUACAUCAGUGGGCCAUAGGCUCAAUCACUAUUGUUACAACUGUCGGAGAUAGUUACCGACUUGCUACUUCGGCAAAGUGGUGUUUUUCAGCUUUAAUUUGUGAUAAACAAUGCAAUGGUACAUUUGAUCCACCUAAAUCCUUGUCCUCUGUCGUUGUAUGAAUUCUGUUGUUAUAUUAUCUAAAGGCCCAGAUACACCGGCCCAGAUACACCGGCCCGAAAUCGUCAGUAAAUGGGAGUCGGGCCG